AUUCCAGUGCCCUGCUCAAGGUGGAUUUUACGCCAUUCCUGGAACCUGCGGAGGCAACUACUACUCUUGCAUCAACGGAGUUGCCUAUGUGUUGACCUGUCCUGGAAGUUCCAUUUUUGAUCCGGCGGUGGGCGUUUGCGUCCCGAAAGAAGUUGCGUCAUGUCUUGAUGAAACUUCCAGUACGUAUAACACCUGUCUCGACUGUAUCGCCUACGCCUACGCCUACAUCGACGACGACUACUACUCAAUCCCCCGGCACAUUUAUCUGUCCCAGUGAAUUCGGAUUCUUUCCCACUGGUAUCCCAUGUGACGAUGAUUUCUGGAGAUGCUCCAACGGUCUAUCUUAUCUCAUGAGCUGUCCACCAACUACCAUUUGGUAUCAAGAUCAGACAAUCUGUGACUACCCGUACAACGUUCCGGGCUGCGCUUAACCAAAAUUGUCACUGGUCGUCGCCAUCAUAUAAGCCCCUAAAGAUUCAAUUAUAAAAGAUUCCAGUACGAAAAUAAUUCCCAAAAAUUCAAAUGCCGAUCAAUAAAGAUUUGACAUUAUAAACAUAGUAUGCAGAACAAAAAGAGGAUGUUUAAAAAGAAAACAUUUAUUAUUAGAUUUGAUGCGAAGCUUUUAUAAAAUUCUGAAUACAUGUGAGUCGCUCUUCAA